AUGAAGUGGCUUCUUUUGGCAUCCCAGCUGUCCUUGGCCUUAGCGUCUGCCCCCGGCGGGCCUGGCGGACACGGCGGUCCUGGUGGUCCUGGUGGCCCUGGUGGUCCUGGUAAGCCCGGUCGCUCGCUUUCACCGGAAAAAUUCGCAUCUUCGAUUCAAUUGGGAGACCUUCUUAAGGGCGUCCAAAAGCUUGAGGAUUUGGCAUUCUCGUAUCCUGAGCGCAAUCGUGUCUUUGGUGGCAAGGCACACAAUGAUACUGUUGACUACCUCUAUCACGAGUUGAAGAAAACUGGCUAUUACAAUGUGUAUAAGCAGCCGCAGGUGCACCCAUGGACCAAGGCUGAUUCUACUCUGUCAUACAAUGGCGAGGAGUUUGAAGUGACCGCCAUGACGUACAGCCCUAGCGUUGAUAUUACCGGGGAGGUAGUGGUUGUCUCAAACGUCGGAUGUACUGCAGAAGACUACCCGAGUGACGUGGCUGGCAAGAUCGCCCUCGUCAAGCGUGGAGACUGCCCUUUCGCAGAGAAGUCUCUGCUAGGCGGUGCGGCCAAUGCAGCUGCUGUAAUCGUCUAUAACAACAUUCCAGGGAGUAUGGCUGGAACCCUGGGCGGAAUGGACCCUGGUUAUGCUGCCAUUGCAGGAAUCUCUGCUGAAGAUGGCGAGACUCUACUUAAUGCGGCAGCGGAGGGCGCCGUGACCGUGGCCUACAAGAUCGACAGUCAAGUUGAGUACCGCCUUACCUUCAACGUCAUUGCCGAGACAAAGGGCGGUGAUCACAAUAACGUUGUCACAUUGGGAGGCCACACCGACUCCGUCGAAGCUGGCCCGGGUAUCAACGACGAUGGCUCUGGAAUCAUCGGCAAUCUUGUUGUUGCACGAGCCUUGACCAAAUACUCUGUCAAGAAUGCCGUGAGAUUCUGCUUCUGGACCGCAGAGGAGUUCGGCCUGUUGGGUAGCGAGUAUUACACCUCAAACCUGAGCGAGGAAGAACUCGCCAAGAUCAGACUCUAUCUCAACUUCGACAUGACCGCCUCGCCCAACUACGCCCUCAUGAUCUACGACGGUGACGGAGAUGCUUUCGGCCAGACUGGACCUGCGGGUUCUGCCGAGAUCGAGGCUCUGUUUGAGAAGUAUUAUGACUCCAAGAACCUGCCUCACAUCCCAACCGCUUUCGAUGGCCGGUCUGACUACGACGGCUUCAUCUCUCGUGGAAUUCCCGCCGGUGGAAUUUUCACUGGUGCUGAAGGCCUCAUGACCGAACAAGAAGCUGUGUGGUUUGGAGGCCAAGCAGGUGUGGCCUAUGAUGUGAACUAUCACGGUGUUGGAGACAACAUCACCAAUAUCAGCCACGAAGCAUUCCUCAUUAAUACCCGCGCUACAGCCUUCGCCGUUGCAACAUACGCCAACAGCCUUGAUUCAAUUCCCCGCCGGACUGAGACAACCAAGCGGGAGGUCAAGAGGCAGGAACCCAAGGCACAUGCCCACACCAAGGGCACUGGCUGCUUCCACUCUCGUGUCGAGAUCUAA